AAUAAUUUCUAACUUGUAGGUUCUCCUAAGUAUCAGUGAGGCUGGGUAUGUAAGGGAUGUGUCACAGGGCCUGGUAUAUUGUAGGCCCUCAGUGAUAGUAACAGUUGCUUGAAUUUUAUUAUUACUAUUGAAGCAAAACUUUGGAGAAUAAUAAUACACUAUCUUUUAUCACUAAUAUCAUCAGAGAUUUGGGGCAAAAAUAGAGGAAGCCCUCUGCAGUCUGCUAAUUCUAGGUUACAUUUUGUUCUAUAGAAAUCACAGAAGCUUCACCUAGUCCUAAACUGAUGCAUGUUUUGGAUAACUCUAAGUCAGAGAAUGACUUUGUAAUCUUAUUUCUACUAGGAGGCUUUUCUAAGUUGGCAGGUUGCCAUGGCAUCUGGACCCACUAUGACGGCCCCCAUUUGUCUGGUGGAAAACAACAAUAUGCACCUGUCAGUGAACCACACAGCUAUACAGAUCCUUGAAAGGAUUUCUCAACCAGUAGUGGUGGUGGCCAUUGUAGGACUGUAUCGUACAGGCAAAUCCUACUUGAUGAACCGUCUCACAGGAAAGAACCGAGGUUUCCCUCUGGGAUCUACAGUGCAGUCUAAAACCAAGGGCAUCUGGAUGUGGUGUGUGCCUCACCACUCCAAGCCAACCCACACCCACACUCUGGUCCUUUGGGAUACUGAGGGUCUGGGUGAUGUGGAAAAGGGUGACCCUAAGAAUGACUCAUGGAUCUUUGCCCUGACUGUGCUUCUGAGCAGCACCUUUGUCUACAACAGCUUGGGCACCAUCAACCACCAGGCCCUGGAGCAGCUGCAUUGUGUGACAGAUCUCACAAAACUAAUCAGGGCAAAGUCCUCCCCAGAAGAGGAUGGAACAGAAGAUUCCAUAGAGUUUGUGAGUUUCUUUCCAGACUUUACCUGGGCUGUAAGGGAUUUCACCCUGGAGCUGAAGUUAAAUGAUCAUCCUAUUACAGAAGAUCAGUAUCUGGAGAAUGCCUUGGAGCUGACUGAAUGCAACAACCCCAGAAUCAAAGAAUCUAAUCUACCCAGAGAGUACAUGAGGUAUUUCUUUCCAAAAUGGAAGUGUUUUGUGUUUCACCAGCCAAUAAAUGACCCCAAACUCCUAGCCAAUAUUGAGAAUAUGCCUGAAUAUCAACUGGAUCCUAAAUUCCAGACACAAGCAAUCAAUUUUUGCUCUUACAUCUUUACCGAGGCAAGAACUAAGACUCUCAGAAAGGGAGUUGUGGUCACCGGGAAUCGGUUGAGGACUUCGGUGGUGACCUAUGUGGAUGCCAUCAAUACUGGAGCAGUGCCUUGUCUGGAGAAUGCAAUAACAACUCUAGCCCAGCUUGAGAACUCAGUGGCCAUGCAGAAGGCAGCUGACCACUACAGCGAGCAGAUGGGCCAGCGACUGAAACUCCCCACAGACACACUCCAGGAGCUGCUGGAUGUGCAUGCAGACUGUGAGAGGGAAGCCAUUGCAGUGUUCAUGGAGCACUCCUUCAAGGAUGACAAGCAGGAGUUUCAGAAAAAGCUGGUGUAACUCAUAAAGGAUAAGAAGGAGCAUUUCUUGCAGCAGAAUAAAGAGGCAUCCAUUGAAUACUGCCAGUCUAGGCUUGAUCAGCUUUCACAGGUCCUAAUGGAAAGUAUUUCAGCAGGAACUUUCUCCGUUCCUGGAGGGCACGAGCUCUACAGGGAAGCAAAGGAAAGUAUUGAGUGGAACUAUUCACAAGUGCCCAGGAAAGGAGUGAAGGCAAAUGAGGUCCUCCAGAGCUUUCUGCAGUCUCAGGCUUCAAUAGAGAAAUCCAUCUGGCAGGCAGAUAAAGCCCUCACUGACAGGGAGAAGGCCAUAGCAGCGGAGCGAGUCAGCAAGGAGUCAGCUGAGAGGGAACAGGAGCUGCUAAGACAGAAACUACUGGAGCAGCAACAGCAGAUGGAGGCUCAAGAAAGGACUCUCCAGGAAAAUAUAGUCCAACUGAAAGAGAAGAUGGAGAAGGAGAGAGAAAACAUACUAAAAGAACAGAAUAUGAUGUUGGAGCAUAAGCUGAAGGUCCAACAAGAUCUACUUAAUGAAGGAUUUAGAAAGAAAUCUGAGAAGAUAAAUGCAGAGAUAAAGAAGAUGAAAUAGGUUGAUGCUACUAAAAAUACUAACUGGUUCACACAAGCUGUGGAGGGACUGGGCAAUGACAUUGUUAAAAUAGUUACUGCCCCUGUUAGAUUUCUUGAUAGCAUGGUGAGUGGUGUGAGCUCACUAUUUUUACAAGAAUUAGCUCUCCUUUUAAAGAAAUUAAAGAAUGUGGCUAUAUACUCUGGCCUAUUUUUGGUGCUUAUGCUUUUCACUUUUAUUCAGCAAAGUUUUAAGUAUAAAAAAUGCCUACAAGAGGAUAUCAAUGCUUGGCCCACAUUAGAUAGAAUAAAUGCAUUGACAACUGAGGAAUGGGCAGGAGGAGCAGGCUGCCUUUUGUCUGGCCCACAAGGCUCUGUGGCUGGCUUUAGUUUUAGGGAAGCUCAGCUUCGCCAUUGGAAACAGUCCCAGCUGCAAAAUGACAGCGAAGCACACCAGGUCUCCGUGGAUGCGCUGCUCCCAGAACGAUGUCAGCUCAGGACAGCAGCAAGUAGGAAACAAUCCCUAGUUUGCUCUUACCAGGCUCUGUGGCAGGCAUUACAGUUCCUAGAACAAGACAGUGCCCAUCGAGGAGCUGAAGGGCAAUGA